CCUCUCUGGAGUUUUGCAGUGAGCCCAGGAUGCAGUUUUUUUGAACCUGCUAAGAAAAGAAGUCCAUCUGAAAACCGAAGAGCACAGCUCUCCGCUCUUCAUUUUCUCUCUGCCCUUGCUCCCAGUAGCUGACUUCCGUAACGUCUAUUUUAACAGCCGCACUCUGCUUCCUGCCUCUGAAACAUCAUUUGACUCACUGAAGAAUUAAAUCCAACAGCACUGCAGAGCUGCGUGGGAGAGAAGGGGAUUUUAGACUCAAGUGGUAGAAUCAAGACUUCAGAAGUAAAGACAUUUGGAACAGCUUCUCCCCAAAUGGAAGUUAUCUAGACAGCCCCUGAGACCUCUCUGCAUCCUGCUUCUGCUGCACCGGGACGGUGUUCUUGGCCCUGGUCUUAAACAAAAUGUUGGAUUCUAUCAAGUGUGUGCUGGUGGGAGACUCUGCAGUGGGAAAAACAUCUCUCUUGGUACGUUUCAUCUCUGACACUUUUCCAGACAACUACAGACCCACUGUGUAUGAGAACACUGGAGUGGAUGUGUUCAUGGAUGGCGUACAGAUUAGCCUAGGCCUUUGGGACACAUCUGGAAGCGAUGCCUUCAAAGGCAUUCGCCCCCUGUCCUACCAGCAGGCAGAUGUGGUGUUAAUGUGCUACUCUGUGGCAAACCACAACUCCUUCCUGAACCUGAGGAGCAAAUGGAUUGGCGAGAUCCGCAACCAUCUGCCCCGCGUCCCUGUGUUGGUAGUGGCCACGCAGACCGACCAGCGUGAAUCGGGGCCCUACCGCUCCUCCUGCAUCAGCUCGAUGGACGGCAAGCGGCUCGCCCAGGAUGUGCGAGCCAAAGGCUACUUGGAGUGCUCAGCCCUCAGCAACCGCGGUGUGCAGCAGGUGUUUGAGUAUGCUGUGCGGACAGCAGUCAAUCAAGCCAAGAGGCAGAACAGGCGGAAACUCUUCUCCAUUAACGAGUGCAAGAUCUUCUGAGGACUGCCAGCAGUGGUUUUGCCUACGUUCGUUGUUUCUGCCUUUGCACAAAGAUGCUGCGGCAGAGAUAAUGGGAGCGAAUCAAAGACAGGAGAACUCCUGCCAGGGCCAUGGUACAGGUGGCCCCAGUAAAACAGAUGUGCACUCUGUCAGUUCUGUUCCCCUACCCAACACACAUGGGCGCUAUCUUUAAAAAUGACAGAUGCAGGCAGGGGCCUUUGUUCACAACCCUGUGUUUGUAAUUUGCCGUCCUGGACUGAAGCAGACCCAGCCUGGAGAUUUACAGUUCAUAGUUGUGCAGAUUUUGUUAUCGGUGUUCCUCAGCUGUUGGUUUGUCUGCAUUUAUUUCAUGACAAACUUCACCUGGAUCAACCUCCCCUCUUGACAUAUCUGUGUGUGGUGUGUGGUUUUUU